GGCACAGUGGAUUUUACGAAAUUUUUUCUUUUGCAAUAUUUAUUAAUUGGUUGAAUUUGUUGGUCGCUGGUUGUUCGUGGGUUGACUAACGGUUAAAUAAUUUGAAAGUUCCGGGAUUUUCGAGCGAAAAUAGCCCGAAAUGGCUAGAAAAUGGACUUAGCCGAAGCCGUCGACGACCUGAUUUGCACCCUGGACGGACCUGGAGACACCACCAUGGACACUUUAGCGAUGCUACUUUUCGGCUGGAUUUUGGCCGCCCUUUUCUUCCUAUGGCUCAUCAAAAUCGUCUACGAACGUUUCUACAAAAGUCAAAAGCCAGCAGCUCCGAGUCCCGAUGUGUUGGAUACUGGAAAUAACGUUAAAAAAGCGCCGGUGAUUGUGCCCAAAGUCGCGGGGUUCGUGCCGCCGACGCCGCCAGUGCGUCGCCGUUUGACGCGGCAAAGUCCCGCUCGCGAAGUGGGCGGCGGCGGGCGGAAAACGCGUUAUUUGCCCGCGCCGCAGGCUACCGGGCCUGAUAACGUGGUGGUUUUGUGGGUGAACGACGUGUUUCAGUGGCUUUAUAACGAUUUCGUUAUCGUUAACGAACUUUUGCAAGUGUGGAUUGCCGCUUUGAAUGAGUUUACCAAAAAGUCCGUUAGUGAGCAAGGUAUCGGAGUGGAACUGGUACGAAUUUUACCAGAAACCCAUCCGCCCACCGUGACCAACAUUUUCGCUGAAGCCGAUUCCAAAGACGAUGUGACAAUAACUUGCGAUUUGGACGCCACGCCCGCCUUCCAACUGAAAUCGUUCCGACAAAAGGGCGAAAAAGUCGACACUUCUCACUACAGGGUCGACUUGAACCGUUUCAGGGCUCGCAUGAACAUUUUUUGCGUUUCGGAAAAGUUGCAGGCUUCGAUAAAAUGCGACGGAUGGCCCGAAAUCAAAUUGGCCUUGGCUCCAGUCGGAAAUAUCAAGAACAAUUUGGACGAGACUCAGUUACAGGAAGUUAUCAGUGAAAUCGUCACGAAUGCUCUGAGAAAUGUCGAUGUCCAUUUGAAUCUCGCCCAGUAUCCCACUUGUCCCAGACUGAUACGACACGUGGAGACCUCUGGACGCACUCUACCUCUCCAUUAUGACAGCAUGCAAGGAAACGUGUAUGCGUCGACGCCAAAUCAAUUGUCGCCCCAAAACUUGAACCGGAGGUCGCAAGGCGAGAAACGACUUUUGGUGAAGGUGAUCAGGGCGGCUCAAUUGGGCGGGCAGAACGGCUGCGCGGAGCCGUUUUGCGUCGUCGAGAUGGACGAGCCGGCGCAGAAGAAUCAGACGUCUGUCAAACGAGGCGGCGAGUCGCCUUUUUGGGACGAACAUUUCUUAUUUGACUUAUCUCCUCACACAGCUGAGCUUCUUUUUGAAAUCUACGAUCACGCAGUAAAUCCUCAUAGAUUUUUGGGUUUGGGUAUUGUAGGAGUCGAAGAGCUACUCAUCAACCCAUCGCAAAGGCAAAUCAUCACUCUACAAAGUAGACCUUACGAAAGCGACCCGGUAACAGGAACUUUAACAGUUGAGUUGGCUUUUGACGAUGCGAGGGAUGCUAGCCCGGACGUGGCUUUUUACAUCUGUGGCGAUUUUAAUAGCCGAAUUGGCAGUAGUAAUACGCUGGAUGAGGAAGCUUUGAUGGGCUCGCGUCUCUUGCAUCCCCGUACAUCACUUUCGCAUAUACCCACAGUGUUUCGCAAAAGCUGGUCAUUGUCUAACUCCCUUUAUCCGAAUGGAAUACUCUAUACAUAUAUAUUAUUGAAUAUUCGGAUUCUGUUCUACGAAAUAGAAGAAUCAGAUAUUGAAUUAAUAGAUCCAAAUAAAGGAAUAUUUAUAAAGGAAAAAGAACAUUCGAGUGACAUCAAUUUAUCAAGACAAGAUGUUAUUAGGAAGUUUCAAUGUUACACUUGCAAUGCUACAUUUAAAACCAAAUCAAAUUUGAAACAUUAUUCAAUAACACAUUUGAAUAUUUGUCCUUUCGAAUCGACAUAUAUCAACACUCUUGGAUAUUUUCCUUUUAAAUGUGAUACUGGUAAGAAAAAAUUUAAAGGAAAAGGUGAUUUGAACGCACACAUAUUAACACACUCGGACGAGAAGAAUUUUAAAUGCAACAUUUGCAAAGCAGAAUUUAAAAGAAAAGGCAGUUUGAAGAGACACAAACUAACACACUUGGAUGAGAAGAAUUUUAAAUGCAACAUAUGCAAUGCAAAAUUUAAAGAAAAAUGUAAAUUAGCAAAAUUGAAACAAAAAGGUAAAUUGAAAAGUCACAUAUCAACAGACUUCGAUAGUUAUCUUUUUGAAUGUGACAUUUGCAAAGCAAAAUUCAAAGGAAAAGAUUGUUUGAAGAGACACAAACUAACACAUUAUGAUAUUUAUCUUUUUAAAUGUGACACAUGCAAUGCAAAAUUUGAACACAAACGUAGUUUGAAAAGCCACAUAUUAACACACUCGGAUGAGAAAAAUUUUGAAUGUAACAUUUGCAAUGGAAAAUUUAAAAGAGAAGGCGAUUUGAAGGAACACAUAUUGAUACACUUUAGAUAUUUAAUUUUUUUUGAAUGGGACAUUUGCAAAUCAAAAUUUAAACGGAAACGCGGUUUGAAGAUACACAAACUAACACAGUCGGGUAUUUAUCCAUUUGAAUGUGACACUUGCAAUGCAAAAUUUAAGCAAAAACAUAAUUUGAAAAGCCACAUAUUAACACAGAUUGGUUAG